UUAAACACCUUUCAUUGUCCACCUCAUCGCUACAUGCCAGUCUGCAGUUUGGGGAGGUGAAGCACUCUACAGCCCAUUUGUAGCUACGCCAACCUUGGGGCAUAAACGAAUUACGUUUUGAAAUGACCCAUUUGAACAGUGGACCUCGGAUUAUGGCCUGUUUGGUGCCUGCCGGUGUUAUUUCCACCACAACCCUUCCGCAUUUUCCUGCUGCUCUCGGGCUGUGACGUGUCGUGCUGACGGCGGCCUCGGAUCUGGAGGAGCGGGGGGCUGUAGCAUGACAAGAUCUGGCUCCAGACGUCCUGCUUUGCUUUCAGCAGAGCUCCAGAAACAACCCCUAACCCCUCCUUCUCUGCUCCUCUCCGGCCCGCCCAAAUAACACAAAAUUCCCGACUGAAUCCUGCCCGAGUCUGGGGGAACUAGGCGGCCUGGGAAGCCGAGGAGCGGACAGAGGCCAUCCCUGCAGCAUAAAUCUGUUUGUGGUGCCAUGGAGUUGGACACACUUUGGUUGCUUUGAAAAAGGAACUGAGUCCUGAAACCCAGAAUUACUAUUUGUAGAAAAUCUUGUGUGUAUAAUGCUUACACGAUUAAGCAUACACAAACCAAUGCAUACAGUAUUUACUGCUACUAAAAUGGAUAUGUAUUAGCUGCGAUGCUGAAGCUGCAGCGAUUGUGCAACAUCAGCUCUUCAGUAACAAAUGCAGUGCGAGGACAAUGGAUGAGGAUGUCACCAGGCUUUCAAUACAUUCUGAAGAGCCUAAAAUAAUAUUACACGGAUCGGAUGAGGGUGGUGCCAGCGGGCAGGAGUUUGUUGUGGAGCUUCAAGAGACUGUGUUGGUGUCAGAAGGCGAAGGGGAAGGCAUGGCAGUUCACAGGUUUGCCCCAGAUGAGCUAGUCAUCCAGGAUGCUGUUGAGGAUGUGGUUUCUGAGUAUGUGCACUGCGAUGAAGAUGAAGAUGUCGCUGUAGAAACCUGUGUGAUGGCUCUGGAGGGCGAGGAGGAAGGUGUUGCCAUGGGAGACAUCCCCGAAGAUGGGUUGGACCCAGAGCAGCAGGAGGAUGACCAAGAUGGCUGUGGAGAUUAUCUAAUGAUAUCCUUGGAUGAAGCUGGUAAAAUGGUGUCCGAGGAUGGAACAGAGGUAACAGUGGAGGGAGCUGUGGAGGACCAGGAAGUGGAGAAGGAUGAGGAUGGACAGGAGGUGAUUAAGGUGUACAUCUUCAAGGCUGAUUCUGGGGAGGAUGAUAUGGGAGAAUCGGUUGACAUCAGCGAUGGAGACACAGAGUGUGGGGCGUUAACUGAGACUUCGGGCCAAGCGCUCAGAGAGAAGAUGGUUUACAUGUCUGUCGGGGAUUCUCAUCACAAUCAAGGAAACCAUGGUGGGUCCAAGGUGACUGAUGAGGUUUAUAUGGAGGUGGUGGUAGGAGGUGAAGAGCCAGUAACUCACGACCGCUCGUAUGACAGCGUGUCUCUAAGCAAGGACUUCAUGCCUGUGGCCUGGGCAGCUGCGUAUGGUGCGGAGGAUAGUGAGAGUUGUGAAAACCGAAACGGUGCAGCCAGCGCCCUGCUGCACAUUGAUGAAUCCGAUGGGGUCAAUGAAAUCAAUAGACAACGCAACAAGAGCAAGAGACGGUCUGAGCCUCGGCAGGUACAGACAGCCAUCAUCAUUGGUCCAUAUGGUCAGCCUUUGACAGUUUACCCAUGCAUGCUUUGUGGCAAGAAGUUCAAGUCACGAGGUUUUCUGAAACGCCACACCAAGAAUCACCACCAGGAUGUUCUGACAAGAAAAAAGUAUCAAUGUACAGACUGUGACUUCACUACCAACAAGAAAGCCAGCCUGCAUAACCACAUGGAGGUGCACGCUCUGAGCAGCAAGGCCCCAUUUGAGUGUGAAAUGUGUGGCAAGGAAUUCCACCAGCAGGCGGCGCUGUUUUCUCACAGACUGCAGCACCACCACAGAGAGCCCAAGAACCAGGCGCCUCCACCGCCCACCAAAAUGCACAAAUGCAAGUUUUGUGACUAUGAAACUGCAGAGCAAGGACUGCUCAACCGGCACUUGUUGGCUGUUCACAGCAAAAGCUUCCCCCACAUCUGUGUGGAAUGUGGGAAAGGUUUUCGGCACCCGUCAGAGUUGAAGAAACACAUGCGCACGCACACUGGCGAAAAGCCUUACUCCUGCCUGUACUGCGACUACAAGUCGGCCGAUUCUUCCAAUCUCAAGACGCACAUCAAGACUAAGCAUAGCAAAGAGAUGCCAUACAAAUGUGAGCGCUGUUUCCAGACCUUUGCAGAGGAGGAGGAGCUGAUGCAGCAUGGACUAACACACGAGGAGAAUAAGACCCACCAUUGUGCCCACUGUGAUCACAAAAGUUCCAACUCCAGUGACCUGAAACGCCAUAUUAUAUCUGUUCACACCAAGGACUACCCACACAAAUGUGCCAUCUGUGGUAAAGGCUUCCACCGACCGUCUGAACUGAAGAAGCACUCGGUAUCCCACCGCACCAAGAAACUCCAUCAGUGCCGACACUGCAACUAUAAAAAUGCAGACCCUUUUGUUCUCAGUCGUCAUAUCUUGUCUGUCCACACAAAGGAGCAACAGGCCUCUCCCGAAAAGAGUGAGGUCAAGAGGACAGAGACACACACCCCUGUUGCGACACCUAAAAAGUCUGCACCCAGUGGGUCCAGUGGCUCUGGCCCACCAGGUAGAGUCAGUGCAGCCAGCUUAGCCAGCAGUGUGACUGUAGUUAUUGGCAAAGGACAAAAGGAAAGGAGAAUUUACCAGUGCCAGUACUGUGACUACAGCACUGGGGAUGCAUCGGGUUUCAAGCGACACGUGAUUUCCAUUCACACAAAAGACUAUCCACACCGCUGCGAGAUCUGCUCGAAAGGCUUCCGGCGACCCUCGGAGAAGAACCAGCAUAUCAUGCGUCACCACAAGGAUGUGGUGCAGGCGGAGUGACUCUGGCCGAGCCAAAUACUGUGCCACAACGAAAGAACAAUGUUGAAACAACCAUCACACCCCUAUCACUGCACCCUCAGAACAGCACCGUUUAUGCUGAAAUAAUGUGGUGUGUGCGUGCUGCACUUGGUCCAUUCUGUUGUUUUGCUCUUUUUUGAUCCUCAGCCUAAUGUUUGUUCAGAAGUGUAUACACGUGUACAUAACGUUAAUGCUCUGUCAGAGUUAGCAACAGAACCCCUCCGUAGACUUGCACUUUUUAACUGCAUGUCCCUUGCUGGUGACGGUGUGCAUGGCAGAUUGUGCAGAUGUCUCUUUGUAGAUAUACAUUUUUAAUUUUGCAGGAAGCAAUCAGUUGUCACUCAAAAUGGUCCUAAUUAUUUGUCUCAAACAUGAAGUGUAAUUUACUUCAUUUUUUUAAACUGUACUAAACACAGCAGUAUGGAUUAGCAACCUCUUCCCAGUAGCACUUGCCAUCCUGGUAAAGAUCAAGAUGAAUGCAGUAAUCAAGUUGUGUAUGUGUGUGAGAGAUAGAAUAUGACUGAAUGAAAACCAUCCGUUGUGCUCCCCGGUGCUCUUACCCCAUCAGUCUGUAACAUAGUGCUUCUCGUUGUGUUUGGCGGAAACAGAAGGCUGGCUGUGUACAGUACCACAUCAAACGAAUCAGUCAUUCUUUGCUAUGUGCACCGGGGGUCUACGAACAUGGAAUUAACACAAACUACACAGUGAAAUAGUCGAUGUAUCAUGGUAGUGAAUAAAAGCUCACAUAUGCACCUAUAUCACCAUGCCAUCUUUACCCCGUUGCUUGAUUAUCCUACAGCAGUCUGAUAUCUCAUUUUCAAGUCAGUAAGUGUACUGUAAGUUGUUAAGGACUUGUGCCCAAAGCAGCAGAGAUGAAGCCUUGGCUGACAGUAUUGAAUCCAGUAAUGCAACCCCAGGGGUGAAAUGUCAGUUCUUUGAAAGAAAACAAAAAAAAAAAAAGAUUUUUUUUUUUGUGAUGAAGAAAAUGUAUGCUUUCAACCUUACCGAUAAUGAGCUCUUCAUACAGAUGGUUUGUUUUUCUAUGAACAAAUUUGUUUUUCCUAUGAAUUGACACAAUAUCUGUUAAAUUGUAGAAAAAGCAUAAUCUACAAGUAUCAGUGUGAUACAAAUAUUAGGCUGGGUUAAAAAAAAACAUUCAUAUCAGUAUCCUAAUGUAACUGUGUGGUCUAAAUUUGAAUCAUACAGCCUAACUGGUGCUGCUGUUAUGAAUCUAUGGACUGAAGUCUGAAGUUUCCCACAGACACACACACACACACACACACGAUGUACUUUUACAAGUAGAAAGGGAAAAAUGUCUUUUUAGAUACAACUUCAGAAGACAGGUUCUGGUGGUGUACUUGUACUAUGGCUUUUUACAUUUUUGUUAUCAUCUGUGAUUAUUUCCGUUUUUAUAUUUAUUUCAGUUACAAGUUGUUGUAUAGUUAAGUGUAACUAGACUUCUAUGGGACGUAAAUUAUUGUUUUGUAUACAACCCUGUACAAAGCGUGUAGAUGUAAACACUUGAUAAAAAGGAAAUCUGAACUGUGUUGUUAUGGAUGUACUUCAGCGUAUUUGUUAAAAAAGGAAAUAAAAACAAAGUAUUUUA